GAAGGCCGAGGAGAUAUGUCGUCAUUGGAACUUGGACCAAUGGGAAGAAGGACGAAGUGUGUCGUCAUUGAGCGGAGAACCAGUGAGAGGGUGGGAGAAGCGUGUCGUCACCAGUACCGUCCCGUCGGGCUUCAGCUCCAGCUCAGCCAGUUUUCAUCACACACAACUACGCUCUUAACAAUUCGUCCUCCAUUUUAUAACUUUGCGUACCUCUGUCAUGUUAUCGCGCGCGUCACGCUUGUUAAAUUGCAGUCGACAUUUUUAGCAGCGAGCGAAGUUAUCUGCGGGUUGUUGAAGGUGUUGGUGGAGGUGGUGAGCCCCGGAGUGAGCCCGACGCCGCCGCCACAAGCCAGGAAAAUGGCCGACGCCAACAGCAACGUCGUCGUCGUCGAUAAUAUUAACAAUCUUAAUGAACGGAAGAACUUUGUGUGUGGAGUAGUGGAAGGUUUCUAUGGUCGACCAUGGACACCGGAACAAAGAAAGGAUCUCUUUGCAAAGCAGCAGAAGUGGGGCAUGAAUGGUUACCUGUAUGCACCUAAAGAUGACUACAAGCAUCGUGCAAAUUGGCGUGAGCUGUAUACAGUUGAAGAAGCAGAACAUCUUACGGCCCUUAUAACUGAAGCUCGCUUGCAUGGUGUCACCUUCUUUUAUGCCAUUUCUCCUGGUUUAGACAUUACUUAUUCAAGUCAAAAGGAAGUUUCAGCUCUGAAGAGGAAACUAGAACAAGUUGCACAGUUAGGCUGCAAUGCUUUUGCUAUUCUGUUUGACGACAUUGAUCCUGAAAUGAGUGGUGCAGACAAAGAAGUGUUUCAGUCAUUUGCACAUGCACAAGUGUCAGUUACCAAUGAAGUUUUUACCCAUUUAAGCCAACCUAAAUUUAUGUUCUGUCCUACACAGUAUUGCUCUACAAGAGCUGUGCCAAAUGUCCAGACUUCUGAAUAUCUUAAUACCAUUGGCCAAAAAUUGGCUCCUGAAAUAGAUAUCAUGUGGACCGGACCAAAAGUCAUAAGCAAGAUUUUGAGUGUGGAACACAUCCGAGAAGUUACAGAAGUAAUGCGAAGACCUCCUGUUAUAUGGGAUAACCUUCACGCAAAUGAUUAUGACCAAGCACGCCUCUUCUUGGGACCAUACUGUGGUCGAUCUCCAGACCUUAUUCCUCUACUCAGGGGUGUUGUUACAAAUCCAAAUUGUGAAUACGGUCCAAAUUUCAUUGCUAUUCACACUUUGGCACAGUGGUCCAAAUCCUCAACACUAACCAGUUGUGAUAAUAAUGAUGCAGUGAGUGCAGAUAUUAGACUUGAAACUGAAGGGGAUGAGUCCAGUGAUGAUUGUCCAACUGGUUUGUCCCCAAAUGCCUACCAUCCACGAAGAGCUUUGCGAAUGGCUCUCCAAGAUUGGCUUGCAGAGUUUAACCAUCCUGUGUCUGCUUUUGGAACUAUACAGCAACCACAAAUUCCAACACCUGUUCCUAUAUUGCCUUCGGUGAACACUUGCAUGUCAUUAACGUCGACUACUCUAGCCACUCCUGGACUUCCCCAACCAAAUAUUAAUAUCUUGGCUGAAGUUGUUCAAGAUACAACUUUCAAUCCAACCAUGAAUCCUAUCAUGAAUUCUCUCGUAUCUGAAAAUAAAGUAAUAGUAGACACGGGACACGAAGAGGCAGAUACGGCAUCUACCGUCUCGCAGGAUGCAUCAUCCACUUCUGGUGUAGAACCAAUGGAUUGUAAUCCAUCUCCUGCCACUUCACCACCUCACAAUGAAGAUAGUAUGAUGAUAGAAAAUGGAGAAAUUGCCAAAGUUGAAAGCGAUGAAGACAGCACAACCCCGGUGAUUGAGACUACUACUCAGGAUGAGCUGAACUUCACAACCAAAACCUCACUUACUCUACCACUAGAUGCUACUCAAGAUAAUUCUAAUGGACUCACAGUUGAUGAUUUGCAACUGUUGGCAGAUCUCUUUUAUCUUCCAUUUGAACAUGGUAGACAAGGCAUUAAUAUUAUGAACGAGUUUAACUGGCUUAAAAUAAACUCGCAUCUUGUAAUUGACCACAAGAAAGAUGAAGAAGACACUAAGCCUGAGGUGCAAGAAUGGUUUGUCAGAGCAGCGAAAUUUGAUGAACUGGCAAAAAAUGUGAAAAGAAUGGCAAACAGGCUAAACAAAGUGAAGAAUCGAUCUCUCUUGUAUGAUAUCUACCCAUAUAUUUGGGACAUGAAUGGUGUCAUCUCUCUUCUCAACUCCUACGUCGAGUGGCUAGCUUUGGGCCAGGUUUCACCUCUUGUGGGCAACUACGUUCAUGGCAACUAUACCUGGUUCAGUAAGGGCUGGCGCGAGGUAUUUAUGUCUGGCGACCAGGAGCCAUGGAUCUUCAGGGGAGGACUGACCGCCGAAUUGCAACGGCUCAUACCUGUAGAUGCAAGCAACGACCUCUUUGUAUACAAAGCGCCAGAAGUCCCAACCAAACACUGCUAUUGCAUCCGGCCAUAUCUUCCUGAAGACAAACCUAAAGUUUAUAGCCUGAUUCUGCGGACAUCUGACGAUCGGAGGGAUGGUACAGCUUUGUAUGCUGCCCAUCCAGACUUACCAGGGGACUUGGCAGUUGGAAGUUACUUGCAAGCUCUUGAAGAUGAAUUGGUAAAGGAUGUAGCUGUUAUGGUGGUUGAAGAUGAGUGGGGUGACAUUGUGGCUUACAGUUCAAUUUCUGGUAAUGCAGAAGAACAAACAGCCCGGGAUGCUGCAUUCCGUGAUAAGAUUAAAGAUAAAUAUCCUAAGGUCAUUCGAGAAGAAGGGAUGAUGCUGACACCAUGUGAAGAGCUUCUAAUAUCAUUGGCUUCCGAACCUCAGUCUCCACCCAAAAUGCUUGUUGCCUCUCACCCUGCCAAUGUCUCUCUCGCCUGCCUUCUCUCUGUUACUGAUGAAUCUAUUAGCAAGAGACUGCUAACUUGCAUGCUAGCAUCAGUCAGAGCUCGUGGUAUAUUUGGUGGACACUGCAGUGUAAAUGUAGGAGAAAAGAAUUAUUUAGAACUCUACAGUCGUCAUGGGUUCCUUGAAGUGACAACACAGAGUACAACACUGUUCUUGGGAAGAUCCUUCUGAUGACCUCAUCUGCCUUACAUUGAAUGUCAGGCGCUGCCAGUACCUGCUGUGUUGCAGCCUCUUGAGACCGAAAACUCAUCCCAGGCUACAUGCUAGGGUUAUCUUUGAUAUGAAAUCAAUUACCCAGGGCAUUUUGUGGUCUUUGGCAAUAGACUGUGUUCAAUGGUUUCAGAGUACUAAUUUUAACAAACUUUCAAAUAGUCUUUGGUGCCAAUGGUCACCAUGGUCUGGUGACCAUUGGACAAUGGUCUGAGGUUGGAUUUGAGUGAUCAAUCUUGAGGCUGUCUUCAUUCAGUUUAAGCUAUUGCAGCUGGUAAAUGUGAUAUGUUGACAAGUUGUUAGCAAAUUUCAGUCAUCGUUCCUGAUGAUGGAAUAUGAAAGUUUUCUUUUCAUCAAUUAUUCUUUGCCAACAAUUUGUUUACUUUUAUUUUUAGUCGUACAUAUAAGAGAGUAUGUUUGAAUAUAUGUAGUCAUGUAUAGUUGCAAAUCUUUUUAUCAAUAAAAUUAUUCUAUGA